AUGGUUGGGGACAGCUUGCUGUCCGAACUGGUCAGAGGGGAGUCGGUUUCCCAAGUGGGUUGUGUUGACAGUUUGGAUGGCAUUCGAGGGGGUUUCCACUGCCUGCGGACAUUUGAGACUCAUGCACAUUCUCACAAAGCCAUUGACGUGCGCGCAAGUGCCACAAUGUCUGAUGCCUUAGUUUGGACUGUUCUGCAGUUCUUGCGAGUUGAAUCGGAGACUUUGGAUACAUGUAUCCUCCCACCGUCCGUUGCUCAAAUGUUGCUUCAAUGUGACGGCAGCAAUCUGCGAAAGUGUGUAGAGCCUCUGGGUGUUCUUGACCCUGCUUGCUCGCUGCUGGUUGUCUUCCCUGCUGAAGGGCACUGGGCCUUGUUGCAACUCACACAGACUUUCUCGCAUAGGCUGCAAGCUGUGUACUAUGAUGGAGUGCCCCAAAGAAUCUUGUCUGCAGCAACAGCGCUUGCUAUGCGUAUCGCAGCACUGUGGGACAAACCACUCGAACCGGUAGAGUCAAAGUGCAUCUUCGAACAGACAACCGAGCAUUCAUGCGGAGCCAUUGCAUUAGCGCAUGCUGCUGCAUGCUUGGCGGGUAACGCCGAAGGGGCUCUGCAGAAUGUUGUCUCGUUGGUGACGCUUUUUGCGCAUGCAGUACCAGUCGGCCACAUUCAUUGCUCAGGUGGUCUCUCUCAGGAGCAAGAGACUAAACUAAAGGAGCUGCUGCUAGAGAAAGGCGUUCCCGCCGAUCAGGUGCACUCUCGUGUGCAGGCAGCAGUGGCCAAGGUCGGUCCAGGGCCAUUAGCUAAGUGCCUGAGCGCCACCAACCCCUGGAUGGCCCUCAAGUCAGCAGCGUCCCAACCGGGAGCCAACUUUCGCUACAUCAAGCCCGAAGAGUUGGCAGCGCAAGUUGAGGCCAAGGCAGCAAGCAAGUUUGGGGCUGCCGUGCAGGACGCCAAGCGCAAAAAGCAGAAGGACAAACGGCCCAGGCCAGAUGCUCCAGUCCUGCAAGUUGAUCCGGCCCACCUGCUACUUGCUCAAGGUUCUUUUGUUGGCCCAGAGAACUCGCCACUUGGCCAACUUGCCAUUUCCGAAGUUGGUAGCCAAGCCACGGGGGUUGCCUUUUGUUGCGCGCAGCAGAUGUUGCCAUACAUUCAGAGCUUUAAGUCCCUUUCCGUUGAUGCGCUUGGCCUGAUUUCUACUUCGGAACUUCCAUCUGAAGCUAUUGCAGGCGUACCAGCACGUAACAUUCGCUUUCCUGCCAUCUAUGCACCCACCAAUGAGCCAGUGCUUCUUUCCGGCACUCUCCUCCAAUUGGGAGAUGAAGAGGUUGAUUUGGCCAGGCAAGACAUUGCAGAUGUCGAGCAGCUGCCUACGUCCACCAUCCGCAUCUCAGUUUACCGUGACGAAGUGGGCAUUCCAUGGGAGGAGUUCUGUCCUGCACCGAUUCGUGCUUUGCUUGCCAAGGUACCAGGUCUUACUUUAUGUCGGGAUGGCUCUUGCAGGGGUGACUGCCCGUGCUUUCACGCGCCUGUUGAUGAGACCUUGGACCAGUUGUUCCUGGACGUGUGGGCUCGACAGUGGGCUAGGCUUGAAGGGGGCCGUGCAGAUCCUGGCACAGCUGCUGCGUUCCACGCGUUGUUCCGCAUUCCCACUUCUGCCUUGAAACACUGUCUCCGCUUGGGCAUACAAGGUGUGUACUGCGAACCUCGUUCCAGCGAUGGGUUUUCGCCAAGUGAGGUCUACUCUGUAGUGUGGUUGCCAAACGCAGAUCGACAAGCAGCUUCGCAUGCUCUCAAAACCUGCGGCAAAGCCAUAGCCGUUGCCAGGCUGGGUAAGAAAUUCGGCUUGAGGGUCCGUGAAAGUGACGAAGGUGCAGUGUUCGCUGCGCACCGCCCUGGCCAGGAAUUUGUCCAGAUAAAGGUUGUCCAGAAAUGGCUCGUCCGCUCCAGCCCGCCAGAGGUGAUGCUCAAGGCAGCGCCUGGGACAUCGGAUCUGCUGACGGCCCUGCCACUGGUGAAAGGCCGAUACCAGUCAGUCACUGCUUCCCGCCGCACGAAGCGGGCCAUCAUAUAUGACGAUGGCGAAGGUCCCACAAAUGAGGCAGAUCCCUGGGCCAAUGGCAGGGACCCGUGGAGCCAGGCUACGUCCAGCACAUGCCCCCGUCCGCCUCCAGGCUUACCAAGCCCGGCCAUCUCGUCAAGCGCAGAGAAGAAGCUGGACCAGCUCCGCUUGGAGCUAACCAGCCAAGUCCACGAGGCUGUCACUCAACAGGUCCAGUCGGUUGCCGGGGCAGAGGCCCAGCAACAAGGGGUGCACGACAAGCGCCUGCUGCGUUUGGAACAGAGCGUUAGCGAACUGCAGCGCCAAAACCAGAAGUUUGAGGGUUGGUUCCAGGAGUUUGGAAACAAAGUCACAGCCACUACCGCCCAGGUCCAACAAGUUGCGGCCACGCUUGAAGCCACAAACACACAGGUCCAGCAAGUUGCCAGUACCUUGGAUGGCCAACAACAGCAACUCGCCCAAGUUCAGGUAGAGGUUGGACGCUCUGUUGACGGUGUUGGACAGGCCGAUGCUGCCCAAAAAACUGACCAGCUUCUCACAACGGUCACCCAAGAGCUUGUAAUCGGUGGACGUGGUCCAAGGAUAAUUGCUGGAGAUUUCAACCAGGAUGCAGACCGCCUGGAACAGCUCCGCAUUUGGAGGGAGCGCGGCUGGGUAGAGGCUCAGGAGCAGGCGCAACUGCUCUGGGGCCAAAUGCCCAUGCCAACGUGUAAGGGAGCUACCAUCCGUGAUUUUCUCUGGCUUUCUCCGGAAGCGGCCUGUCUACUCCAUAGUGUCAUGGUCCAACAACACUUUCAGGAACAUGACACCCUAAUCGCCACUCUUCGCGUGGACAUGGGUGUACACGCGGCUUUGAGUUGGCCCUUACCAGCGGAAAUUCCCUGGGAAUCAGUGAACCAUGCGACGUGGCAUCAUUCAAUGCCAACCUUUCCUGAAUGCACUGGCAACACCACUGCGUGGUUGAAGUCUUUCGCGCACAUUUUCGAGCAGAGCCUCGAUGGGCACAUUACGGGGGUUCCCGGUGGACAUCUUCCGAGGAGAUGUCAUGGGCGGGCGAAACGAAUGCGGCCGCGCAUUGAACAACAGCGGUGCAUAGCGCCCAAGCCCAGCCGCCCAGGGGAGGUCUCUUUGAGCCAUAGUUUGGUUUGUUUGGAGGUCAAGUACUGGUUUCAGCAACUGCGUCGCUUGCAGAGCCUAGUUCAUGCACUGCGGGCUGGGGCAAACAGACCCUCAGCCGUAGAAUAUCGAUUGCAGCUGUGGCGUGCCAUUCUUGAGGGUCGAGGGUUCCUGCGCGGCUUCCAGGCCUGGUGGGGCACUCGUCCUGUUCGCCACCAAGGCCUCCCAGCACAUCUGCCUCACUCCCUUCCAGGGCUCGACCUAGCGGAGCAAUUGUAUGCUGACUUCCACGCCAAUUUCAAGCGUUUUGAAUCCUGGCACAUUCGUCAACGUACUAAGUUGCUGCAGGCAAAAUAUGAGCAGGCUCGCGAACUGUUGUACAGAGAUCUCCGCGAUGAUCGGCCAUCGCAGGUUGAUCACUUAGUCCUGCAGAAGAGUUUUCAGGUCGUGGCCUGUGACUCGGACACAAGGCAAGUUCACUUGGAUAAAGCAGCUGACAUGAGGGGUCAUUCGACGUGGUCCUUUGAAGGAGUCAACAUUGAGGUAUGUGUUCAGACUCCGCAGCUUUGCCUCUUGCCCCCUGACGUUCCCCUGUGUCCAGAUCUUGCAUCACUUGAACAAACCAUCGUACUUCAUGACGUGUCUGACAUUCUUUCCGAGUUUCAGUCCGCGUGGACGCCGCGAUGGAACAAGUCUAGCCCAGAUGUACAGCCGGACUGGAACAGGCUUGUAAGUUUUGCUCGGGCGUUUUUGCCAAGCGCCCCUUUUCACGCUCAGCCCAUCAGCCUCAAAGACUGGCGAUCCACUAUCGCACGUCUCAAACCCCGCGCUGCUCGGGGCCCAGACGGCGUUGCCAAGGCGGAUCUGGUAGCUAUGCCAGACGAAGCUGUUUUGUGCCUACUUUCCGUGCUCAAUGCCAUCGAAGAAGGGAACCUCAACUGGCCGAAUCAGUGGCUUCAAGGCUUCGUCAUCAGCCUGGCCAAGCCAAACGAGAGGCGAGACGCUGAUGGGUACCGACCCAUUUGCCUCUUUGCCAUCGUCUACAGGGCGUGGUCUUCUCUGCGAGCCAGGCAAUUGCUUCAACAUUUCAAGACAGUGAUGCCGGAAUCUGCGCUCGGAUUCAUCCCUGGCAGAGAGGCUUCCGAAAUGUGGUAUAGACUGGAGAUCAUGAUUGAACUGGCUUGCCAGGGUGACCAACCAUUGUGCGGCUACGGUACGGACAUAGUCAAAUGUUUCAAUGGGCUUCCUAGAACUCCCCUGCUUGAAGUUGCAGCUUUGCUUGGGGUCCCGGACCGUAUUUUGGUUCCUUGGCGGGCUUUUCUUUCAGGUGUUCGCCGUAGGUUCCUCAUCCGAGGUCACGUAGGGCAAGCACUGGCCUCAACAAGCGGCUUUGCAGAAGGCUGCCCGUUGUCACCGUUUGCAAUGUGCGUUGCCAACCUAGUAUACCAUUUGUAUCUCCAUCACUAUGAGCCGCGUGCCUCUGCGGUCAGUUAUGCCGACAACUGGUCACACACAGCAUCCAACAUAGGACAACUGGCUAGCGGCAUCGUGAUGACUCAGUGCGUGGCGGACAUGCUGGAUGUCCAGCUAGAUCCGGCCAAGACUUUUGUGUGGGGUUCACAUGCAUGUGUCAGAAACUCGCUCAAGGCGUUGGGCAUCCCAGUUUUGAGACAGUCUCGAGAACUUGGGGGCAUUUUAUCCUUUGGAAGUGCUACCAGGAAUGCGGCGCUAGUAGACCGUUGCAAGGCACUAGCUCCGUUAUUCAAGAAGUUGGCCCUUUCACGCAGUCCACUUGCUUUCAAGUUGCAAAUCUUGCCUUCUAAGUUGUGGGCACGUGCCCUCCAUGGUGUCUCGGGGUGCCCACUAGCACUUGCUCACAUUACCAACCUCCGCACACAAGCUGCGCGCGCGCUGCACGUCACGUCAGCUGGGGCUAGUCCAUGUCUUCGUCUUAGUCUUUCCGCCCCAAUGGAGGCUGAUCCAGGAUUCUACCAGUUGUGGGCUUGUGUCAGGGAUGCACGACGCAUUCUGCGGCGACAGCCUGAUUUGGUCGGGAGUUGGAAACAGUUCAUGCGCAGCUUUGAUGGGGCGUUGUACCAUGGACCAUUCUCUAAGUUGUUGCAGGUCCUUUCGCAGAUAGAAUGGCAUGUUGCAGUUCCACCGCUGGUUGUAGACCAUGAGGGUUUGACACACAAUCUUCUGUUCAUGCCGAAAUCGCUGUUGCGCCAACGCUUGGAGAGGGCUUGGUUAAGGCACAUAGGACAUGCGCACACUCACAGGGCAACCAUGUGCGACCUGCACGGGGUCGAUCAGGCCCUUGCUCAACUGGAUGUGCAGCGCAUGCACGCAUUGGACCUAUCCCGUCUGCGUGCUCUCCAGUCGGGAUCCUUGUUGUUUGGAGCAGAGCAUGCCAGGCAUGAUACCACGCUGACAGGGUUAUGCUUACAUUGCGGUUGCUCUGAUACCCGUUUCCAUCGGGUGUGUGAGUGCCCAGCAUAUGCAGCAGCUCGUGAGGGGCAAGAGUGGGCCAUCAGCUUUUGGCAUACUUUGCCGACUUGUCUGACCCAUCAUUUGCUACCGCCAAGUAAUGCAGACACAAGUGCCCUGCACGCAUUGUUGCAUGCCAUUGCGGAUCAAACACCGGACACACACGCCAUGCCUUUACAUGUAGGCAGACAACAUAUAUUUACGGACGGUUCGUGCUUCCAGAGCGGUCACCCUGACUUCGCCUUAGCAGCAUGGGGCGCUGUGCUGGCUGACACAGACACAGUCAUUGGAUGUGGUCAAGUUCCGGGCAUUCAGCAGACUGCCCCUCGGGGGGAGUUAUAUGCUGUGAUCUGCGCCCUGAGCUGGGCACUGCGACAUGGCGUUGCAAUCUGCAUUUGGUGUGAUGCUCUACAUGUGGUGCAGGGCAUUGACAAGUUACUGCAUGGCAGCCCUCUUCCGGACGAUCCAGAGAACGAUGAUUUGUGGCGACGAGUGUCGGACAUGGUCAAUAGCUUCGAACACGAUGCUAUUUAUGUCCAACAUGUUCCUUCACAUUUGGAUCUUAGUCGGACCACGUCUGCCUUCGAAGACUGGGUAGCUAUUUGGAAUGCGCGCGCUGACCGGGUAGCUGUUCAGGCUAAUCAGAAUCGGUCAGUCCAUUUCCUGGAAGUAUACCACGCUGCGCUGCGCCGGCAUGAGUUCUUCGCAAAAGCCAUUCGGGCUUUCCGGCAUAUCUAUUUUGCCAUAGCAGAAAUAACGGGCGGACGGCCACCUUGCCAACGAGUAGCGGAUGAUGGUGACGAGACAAUUGAAUUGGCCGGGCAGGCCCCACAGUACUUUCUGAGAUGUGCAUCUAUUCAAGAUCGCCUACCCGUCAACUGGCAUACUCAAGCAGCGGCAGCUACUGGAUUCGUUCCAGCGACAUUCGUGACGGCAUUGAUGAAUGAGCUCAUUCGUUUGGACGAAGCUGAGGUCAUGGCUUGUAAAGUUUCCUGGCUUGAGCUUCUGUUUUUGAUGGUAGGGAAUCCCAGGGUUGAGUUUCCUGUACAGUGUCCUAGCACGGGCGCCUGGGUUCCUGCUUCAACAGUUCUUUUCAGUGCACCUUUGAAGGCCGCUUGUCAGCUCCGGCUACUUCGGAAGGUUUUAGGACAUGUAGUGCGAGUUUUGAGCCUGCAGGACUUGUGUUGCCAGGGUAUUUCGUUGGCGGAUCUUCGGGUCUCUGCGCCUCAAGAUGGUAUGUUGGUGGGGAUCAGUGCCAUUGAUUUGAUGGAGGCACGCUCAAGGCUCGCAGUUUUUACCAAGACACGGCCGAUCCGGUCGGUGUCAGAUUUGGCGAGGCCAAUACGGCCAGGCCCCUGA